AUGGCAACCGAAGCCGAGAUCUUGGCGUCGUACCCGCAAAUCACAGCCCCCACCGACCAAACGGGGUACACGUCCAACUUGACCGAGGAACAGAAAGAGAUAUUGACGCAGUUGAGAGCAGAGCUAGUGGCCGCAGGGUACGAGUACCGCUUGGACGACGCGACGCUUCUUCGUUUUUUGAGAGCAAGGAAGUUCAACUUGGCCAAGGCAAAGCACAUGUUCGUGGAGUGUGAAAAAUGGAGAGAGGAGUUUGGCACCAACACCAUUCUCAAGGACUUCCACUACACUGAAAAACCCCUUGUGGCGAAAAUGUACCCGCAAUACUACCACAAAACCGACAAGGACGGCAGACCCGUGUACUUUGAGGAGCUAGGCAAGGUGUACUUGCCCGACAUGUUGAAGAUCACCACGCAGGAGCGGAUGUUGAAGAACUUGACGUGGGAGUACGAGCUGUUCACCCAGUACCGGUUGCCUGCGUGCCUGAGAAAGCAGGGCUACUUGGUGGAGACCUCGUGCACCAUCAUGGACUUGAAGGGCAUUUCCAUGAGCGCGGCGUACCAGGUGAUUGGCUACGUCAAGGAGGCCCUGAAGAUUGGCCAGGACUACUACCCGGAGAGAAUGGGCAAGUUCUACUGUAUCAACGCGCCGUUUGGCUUUUCCACGUUGUUCAAGUUGUUCAAGCCCUUCUUGGACCCCGUGACGGUGUCGAAGAUCCACAUUUUGGGCGCGUCGUACCAGAAGGAGCUCCUCAAGCAGAUUCCUCCCCAGAACUUGCCCAAAAAGUACGGUGGCUGUUCCGACGUCAACGACCAGGACUUGGUGUUGGGCGACUACGGGCCUUGGAGAGACCCUCAGUACAUUGGGCCCGAGGGUGAGGCGCCUAGAGCGUUCCAGUAA